AGUAUAAUCUUCUAAAUGUUUCAAGAUCCAAUGUAAAUAUUUAUCUUCGACCAAAGCUUAAAAAUGACCCAGACUUUGAGUUGACCUCAUUUGCUGCUACUUUGUAGGUGGAUCGAGAGCAUUUUUCUUCACAAAACAUCAUGACGGACACAAAUUUAACAGCUGUCCUCUACAAGAAAGGUGACAUCAAAUUGGAAGACAAACCGAUCCCAGAACCUGGCCCAGGAGAGGUCCAGUUAUGUAUGCAGCAGGUUGGCAUUUGUGGCUCAGAUGUCCACUACUGGCAGCAUGGGUCGAUUGGAGACUUUGUGGUGAAGGCGCCGAUGAUACUUGGACAUGAAGCCAGUGCAGUGGUCAGCAAGCUUGGAGAGGGAGUGACGUCACUCAAAGUCGGAGACAGGGUUGCUAUAGAGCCGGGUGUAUCCUGCCGUUUGUGCCAUUUCUGUAAAUCUGGCCGCUAUAACCUUUGUCCUGACAUGAAGUUUUGUGCCACACCCCCUUACCAUGGCAACCUGGCACGUGUUUAUGUCCAUGCAGCUGAUUUCUGUUUCAAAUUACCAGACAAUGUGAGUUUUGAAGAGGGAGCCUUGUUAGAGCCCCUUUCUGUUGGCGUUCACGCCUGUAAUAGAGGCGGAGUUACUCUCGGGAGCAGGGUACUUGUCUGUGGGGCUGGUCCAAUAGGAUUGGUCAAUCUCCUCACUGCUAGGGCCAAUGGUGCCUCUGAUGUGUGCAUCACAGAUAUUGAUGAAUCACGUCUGGAAGUAGCAAAGAAGUUAGGUGCCACAUACACCCUUAAGGUGACGAGUCGUGAUCCACGAGAAGUUGCCCAGCAGAUAGAGGACCUGAUGGGAGGCCAGCCAGAAAUUACCAUUGAAUGUAGUGGGGCCACACCAAGUAUACAGUCAGCCAUCUAUGCAACUCAGUCAGGCGGAUGUGUGGUACUGGUGGGUCUCGGCCAAGCUGAUGUAACUUUGCCAAUUGUCAAUGCUUCCGUUCGUGAGGUGGACAUCAGAGGAAUCUUCAGAUACGUCAACUGCUAUCCUACAGCAUUAGCAAUGGUGGCUUCUGGGAAGGUUGAUGUCAAGCCUCUGAUAACACACAGAUUUUCAUUGGAGGAUUCUAUCAAGGCCUUCGAGACGACCUUGAGGGGUGAAGGAAUCAAGGUCAUGAUCAAAUGUGCAAGAUAGAUGGGAUUCAUAACAUUUAUGUUUCUGUUAGGAUUGAAUUGUUUUAAUACAAAAUCAGAAUGUUGUCGCAAAGUGUACAGGGUAUGUUGGAUUUGAUUGGAGAACCACAAAUAAAGAUGUCAGAAAUUUAAUAUUCAAUUAUUAGUCUCCAGUAACUUUCUUUAGGUUGGAAAACUGAUUUCAUUUAAAAUUGCCAAAUUGAUAGGAAUUUGUCUUGUGUGGAAAAUUAAACAUUUUAUUUUAAAAAAAUAACAUAAUAAUGUCAUUAAUUUUAAUUUGAUUUUAGAGUGUGUUUGCUGGAACUUUCUAACAAUACUAUGUUAUGGUCGAUUGAUUAGAAUUGAUGUAAUAAAAAUAAAUGUAACCUCUUCGAAAUUAGUUUGAAUGUAGUAAUAAGACCCCUCCAAAAUUAACAUAAAUGUAGUCAUUAGACCCCUCAAAAAUUAACAUAAACGUAGUCAUUAGACCCCUCAAAAAUUAAAAUAAAUGUAUACUCAUAAGACCCCUCCAAAAUUAACAUAAAUGUAUACUCAUAAGACCCCUCCAAAAUUAACUUAAAUGUAAAGUCAUAAGACCCCUCCAAAAUUAACAUAAAUGUAAAGUCAUAAGACCCCUCCAAAAUUAACAUAAAUGUAGUCAUAAGACCCCUCCAAGAUUAACAUAAAUGUAAAGUCAUAAGACCCCUCCAAGAUUAACAUAAAUGUAGUCAUUAGACCCCCCCAAAAUUAACAUAAAUGUAGUCAAAAGACCCCUCCAAAAUUAACAUAAAUGUAAAGUCAUAAGACCCCUCCAAAAUUAACAUAAAUGUAGUCAAAAGACCCCUCCAAAAUUAACAUAAAUGUAGUCAAAAGACCCCUCCAAAAUUAACAUAAAUGUAAUCAUUAGAUCCCUCCAAAAUUAACAUAAAUGUAGUCAAAAGAUCCCUCCAAAAUUAACAUAAAUGUAUACUCAUAAGACCCCCCCAAAAUUAACAUAAAUGUAGUCAUUAGACCCCUCCAAAAUUAACAUAAAUGUAAUCAUUAGAUCCCUCCAAAAUUAACAUAAAUGUAGUCAUAAGACCCCUCCAAAAUUACUAUGUCGUAAUUACAUCCCUCCGAAAUAACUUUGAAUACAAUAUGAAUACAAU